GCCAAAAUUGUAUCCCUCUUUCUCGUUAUAAUAGUGAUCUACUGACUGGUAUUACUAUCUUUUGUUUCUGUUUUCUUUAAAUCUACAAAUGAAAAAAGAAAAUGUUUCAAUGUCAGACAAUGAAAGAAUACGUAACCUUCAAAAUCAGUUGCGAAAUAUGCUGCGGUUUUAUAACUUGUUUAAAAUCAUGUCUGACUCAUACAUAAUAGAAUUUUUCACAAACAAUCACUGGGAAACUCUACCAGAGAAAUGGAGACAUGCGUUGGAUGGAUUGAAACCUACUGAGGUUGCACGGUUGCUAUUACAACAUGAGAAUCCAGAUAAUGGAUAUCCAAAAGUGUGGCCGUUAUCAUUGCUUGCGUUUAAGAAAACAUCAGAAGUUUUGACCAACCUUCGAAAUCAUCAUAAUCUGAAAUACACAGGUGUCGUGCUUCAGAACAAAAACUUGGAUUCAGUUUUUCGCCGUCAUGUCAAUCCAAAGAAACAGCAUGAGAUUUCUAUUCUUUCUGGAGUCAUAUCGAAAAGUUUUUCAAAAGGAAAGUGUACCCGUGUCAUUGAUAUAGGUUCUGGUCAAGGACAUUUAUCUCGUGUGUUGGCAUUGCAACAUACUCUUCCAGUCAGUGCAGUUGACAACGUGCAAUCACACAUAAAAGCUGCAGAAAAAUAUGAUAAGGAGGCAACCAAGCAGCUGUCUAAAGCCAAGAAACAACACAAAAAUACCUUGAUACCACCACAACAUUAUGUGCAUAGUUUACCAUGCAUUGGUUGCCCUCAAGAAACAAUGAAAAAACUGAAAACAGACAUCUAUAAUGCAAAUGGCAAUGAAUACCAAGAGAAAGAAAGAUAUUUACUAACCGGUUUACACGCUUGUGGGGAUCUGUCCGCUACCAUGGUCAAAAUGUUUGUAGAGUGUGAAGAAGUUACAUCUGUUGUUUCAGUAGCUUGCUGUUACAUGAAAAUAACUACAGACUUUGAAGUUUCACACUGUGGGGUUGGGGGUAAAGACACUUACCGUUACCCAUUGAGUGACUUUUUAAAAUCCAUUUCUGGUCAUGAAUUGCCUUACAAAUCAAGAGAGGCAUCUUGUCAUGCAAUUGAAGAUUAUAAGUUAAGACUUAAAGAAAACACUGACCACCUGAAAAUGCAUUGUUACAGAGCAGCUUUAGAAACUCUUAUCAGGGAGACGCAUCCCAACUUAAUUCGCCCCGGUGUUCAAACUGUCAAAAAAGCUUACACUCUUCCAUUUUCACAAUAUGUGGAGCUUGCUUUCAACAAACUAAAUCUAAAUCAUCCAGAAAUCCAUUCUCCAGUUUCUGUCUCCCAUAUUGAAUCCAUGUUAUCCAGGUGGCAUCAGGUUGUUACUUACUAUACGUUGACUAUUAUGGUUGCGCAGGUUGUAGAGAUGAUCAUUUUAUUGGACCGUGUUUUAUACGUGGAAGAAAAUGGUUUCGAGUGCGAGUUAGACGCCAUCUUUGAACCCACUCUUUCACCACGCUGCUUUAGCAUUACUGCCCAUAAAUGAAGUCUUGAUGUUUUGUAUUUAUUUUAUAAUAAAUGUCCUACAAUUUUAUGGUUUAUCACUAGUGGUUAUUAGCAAGCCUGUAUGUCAUGUUCUUCACGAAACCGAAAACGCAUGUGUUUUGUAAUAUUACGUAUCCAGGUAAAAAUCGAAUCACAUGGUUUGAUUUUAAUACAAAAUUGCCGAUACCUUUGCAAGUUUACUGCAUUAUGUUUUGAUAUUUUCAUUGAAUGGAGCAGCCAGUCUUCAAAUGCGGUUAUUUUGUCAAAAUUAUUUGUGAAAACAGGCUAUUUUUCAUUAAAAUAAACUGUGGAGUGGUUAUGUCGCAUGCUUGCAAAUGUAAAGAUUUAUCAAACAAGAAAAGUU